AGGAGUGUUGGCGGCACCGACACAGUACUGGUGGCGGUGGUGGUGGUGGUGGCGGUGGUGGCAGUGGCAGUGUGGCAGUGGUGUGGUGGUGUUGUGGUGUGGCUCGACCCGCAGACCAACCGCGGAGUGGGACGCGCAGGCGCAGGCAAAGAAGGCAGAGAGGGCGCGGCGCUGACGUGUCUUGCCUUGCCUCUGCCUCUCUCGUGCCGCGCGCCACACACCCUCACUACCUGGGGGACUGCCGUGCGAGCCAGGCUGAGCCGCUGUGCCGCCACUACUCCACCGCCCGGCCACCAGCAAGACACACACACACACACACACACGCACACACACUCACUCACUCACUCACCGCCCCUACACACCCACACACCUACAUACACACACAGACAACAUGGCGCCUCACAUCCGCGUGGAGAGCCCAGGGGUUCGCUACACCCAGGAGGCAAUAGAAGCUGACUACAUCUACCACAACACCUCAGUAUGGCGUGACAGCAAGGGGACGCUCGUGGCCACGCCCACCGCCACCACCUACACCUUCAGGACGCCUGCGCAAGGUGGGUAUGUGCCUCGCGUGGGCCUUAUGCUGGUGGGUCUCGGCGGCAACAACGGCACCACAGUCACAGGCGCCAUCCUUGCUAACAGGCACAAGAUGUCCUGGCACACCAAGAACGGCCUCCACCACGCCAACUAUUACGGCUCCAUCACGCAGGCCAGCACGGUGUGUCUGGGAACGGGGCAAGAUGGGCAGGAAGUCUAUGUGCCCAUGAAAGACCUACUGCCCAUGGUGGACCCUGAUGACUUGGUGAUUGAUGGCUGGGACAUCUCAUCGCUAAACCUGUGCGAGGCAAUGAAGCGUGCCAAGGUCCUCGAUUACAACCUACAGGUACAGCUGGAGCCAUACAUGCGGGAGAUCAAGCCAAGACCAUCCAUAUACUUCCCGGAGUUCAUCGCGGCCAACCAGGCGGACAGAGCCGAUAACGUACUCCAGGGAACCAAACAGGAACUAGUGGAUAAGAUCAGAGCGGACAUCCAGGACUUCAAGACGAGUAGCGGCGUGGACAAGGUGGUGGUGCUCUGGACGGCCAAUACAGAGAGGUAUACCGAGGUGACAGAGGAGGUCAAUGGUUCAAUGGAUGCUCUGCUGGCGAGUAUCAAGAGGAAUGAGAGGGAGAUCUCGCCUUCAACGCUCUUUGCCGUGGCGAGCAUUCUUGAAGGGGUGACCUACAUCAACGGGUCCCCGCAAAAUACCUUCGUGCCUGGAGUCAUAGAGCUGGCGCAAAAAAAGAACGUCUACAUUGCAGGGGAUGAUUUCAAGUCGGGCCAGACCAAGCUGAAGUCAGUGCUGGUGGACUUCCUGGUGAGUGCCGGGAUCAAGCCUCGCUCCCUCGUCAGCUACAACCACUUGGGCAACAACGACGGCAAGAACCUGAAUGCCCCGCAGACUUUCAGAUCGAAGGAGAUCUCCAAGAGCGGCGUGGUGGAGGACAUGGUGGCUUCCAACGACAUUCUGUACCGGGAGGGGGAGAAACCUGACCACUGCGUCGUCAUCAAGUACGUGCCGCAUGUGGGGGACAGCAAGCGCGCCAUGGAUGAAUACACCUCAGAGAUCAUGAUGGGCGGCGCCAACACACUAGUCAUCCACAAUACCUGCGAGGACUCCCUUCUGGCCAGCCCUCUCAUUCUGGACCUUGUAAUUUUGGCUGAGCUGUGCGAGAGGAUCAAGUUUAAGACGGAGAACUCAAACUAUCAAAGCUUCCACUCCGUCCUGUCUAUCUUGAGUUACCUAUGCAAGGCGCCGCUAGUCCCACCUGCCACACCUAUCAUCAACUCGUUAUUCCGCCAGAGAUCAUGCAUUGAGAAUAUUCUAAGGGCGUGUCUCGGUCUCUCGCCUUUGAAUCAUAUGUUGCUGGAGUAUAAACACGAGCAGGUGGAGUGUGGCAAGGGGAAGCGCGCGGGCGAGGCUGUGAAGCGGCCGGCUGAGGUGAUGAACGGGUCAGCCAAACACGAGGUGCCGCCACGCAUUCGCCGGCUGUCUGAUGAGAUUGAUAAGUGACUGUCAGGUUGUGGUGUUGUGUGGUGAGGUGGUGAUGGUGUCAGGUUGUGGUGUGGUGUUGUGGUGAGGGUGUGGUGUUGUGGUGUUGUGGUGAUCUCCUUCUCCUUCUUCACGUUCUUGUUCUCUUUCUCUUCUUCAUCCUCUUCUUUCUUCUCCUGUUCUUUGUUCAUCUUCUCGUUCCUGUUCUCUUCGUCUUCCUUCUUCCUCUUCCUCCUCUCGAUGUUUUUUAUGAUAUGUUAUGUUAUGGUGGUCUCCUCCUCCUCCUCCUCCUCCUUCCCCUCCUCCUCCUUCCUCCUCCUCCUCCUCCUCCUCCUCCUCCUCCUCCUCCUCCUCUUCCUUCUCUUUGUUAUUCUCGUCUUCGUUCUUGUUUUUUUUUCCCCUUCCUUUUUGCAUUCUUCUAUCUCUUCUUCCAUGUCUUCUUUGUUCUUCCUCCUCCUCUUCUUCGUUGCUAUUCUCUUCGUCCUUUUCUUCCUCCCUCCGUUCUCAUCUUUUCUCCUUAUCCUUCCUUCAUAUCUUAUACCUCUUCCUCUUCUUCUUUCACCUCUUCCGCCUCCUCUUCCUCUUCUUACACUGCCUCCUCCUUUUACCUCCACCGUCACUUCCUCCUCCUCCUCCUCCUCCUCCUCCUCCUCCUCCUCCUCCUCCUCCUCCUCUUAAACCUCUUAUCUAAAAUGCUUACGAAAGGAGAGGGAGAGAGAGAGAGAGAGAGAGAGAGAGAGAGAGAGAGAGAGAGAGAGAGAGAGAGAGAGAGACCCAGUUCAUCAAUUCUGGUUAUUGUUACUUUGUUAUUGUUUGUCUUUGAGGAGUGAUGAUGAUGAUGAUGAUGAUGAUGAUGAUGAUGAUGAUGAUGAUGAUGAUGAUGAUAGAAUACGACUGAAAUAA